AUGCAGGUUUAUAACCCCGGCGGCUACCAACCCGGAGGGGGCAACCAGCCUGGAGGAGGCAGCCAACCAGGAGCAGGCAACCUGCAAGUAGGAAGCAACCUGCUAGGAGGAGGCAACCUGCAAGGAGGAGGCAACCUGCAAGGAGGAGGCAACCUGCUAGGAGGAGGCAACCUGCCAGGAGGAGGCAACCUGCUAGGAGGAGGCAACUUUCAAGUAGGACUCAACCAGCUUAGAAGGGGAAACCUGCCAGUAGGAGGCAACCAGCCAGGAGGAAGCAACUUUCAAGCAGGAGGCAAUCUGAAAGGACGAGGUACACCAGGAGGAAGCAUCCCGUCUCGAGGAGGCAUCCCGCAAGGCGCUCCAGGAAGUCAGUCAGGCUAUCCCGGAGGUCAAGCGGGUCAAAUGGGAGCUCAAUCCGGCUAUCCAAGAGUUCAGUCGCAGAACCUAAGAGGUUCGUCAGGUUACCCAAGAAGUCAACCUGGUUAUCCAGGAGGUCAGCCAAGCAACUUAGGAGGUCAGUCAGGCAACCCAGGAGGUCCGUCAAGUUACCAAGGAGGUCAGCAAAGACAAGUGCCAAGAAAAAAAUUCGGUGUUCCUCGCAAACAAUCAGGAGAUCAGUCUGGAGAUUCGAAAUACGGAGCAAAAGGCAAGUUAGCAGCUAAAGGAUAA